AUGUCGAAAUAUGUCGAUUUUGACAAAUCGUCUCGAAAUUCAACUUUUGAUAGAGAUAUACUUCCUGGAGGACCAGUGACGGCAAGCUAUGAAAAGUAUAUUCAUAAUAUAUUUAGACCAGGAAAUAGGUUGCCUAAGCCAGAUGGAGUCAGUUUUCGCGCUAGUACCAUGCUGCGUAUGCAAGAUUUGUUAGGUUCGUCAGCGCUUGAUGAAUCUUAUGAUAAUGAUAUUAUUCAAUCGCCAUUCGAUAAAAUGUUCGAUGAUUUGGGGCUCACUGGCUUAGAUGAUAAGAAUUAUGAUAAUUACAUAUAUAAGCCAAAGCAAUCAUCAGAAUAUUUUGCGAUAAAAAACCAAUCAAGUUUUCCCAAUUUUCGAGCUAAUUAUUCGAGAGAAUACGAUUACUCAUCAUUUAAACAAAAAUCCGAUGACAAUUGGAGGAAAAGCAAUAAACAAGUGAUUAUUGAUAGUAAAGAUUCGGCAAGCUCACCUUUAUCGCCUUAUAUGUAUCUUGAUUAUCAGUAUGUGAAGCCACAAGACACUCGAAUUGUUGGUUCGAAUUUCGUACAAAUCACAUUUAGGCCAAGAGAUUCUUUUUUAGAGAAAAUCGAUCGUACGUUGGCAGAGGUUCGAGCCAUGCCGAGAUAUUUAUGA